CAAAAAGAAAAAUGUAAACAACAUGGAGAGUCAAGAACUGCAACUGUUACUGCUAUGAAGAAGGUUUGGCAGUAUGGGUUUGAGUUAAAUGAUAUCACGGCAUCAAGGUUGCCGACACUCCUAUACACGUUUGUACUUUUCUUAAAACAGAAGGGGUUCCCAGUCAAUACGAUGGUUGCAAGUCAUAUGCUGUACUUUAUCCAGGACAUGAGAGUUAUGCUGUUGUUCUUGUUCUCUGUGAGCUGGUGUAUUCUUGCCGCUCUUGGGGAAGACUCGAGUUCUCAUCCAAUCAUCUUACAUUUGGUUAGCACCUGCAAUAAUUCUGCCAACUUGUCAUGGAGUAUCCCAGUAUCAAGCCCUUUUGUGAUUCCGGAAAAUUCUGCAGAAAGAUGUGCACUCACAUACUUUCAGACAGGGGAGAAAACUGCUCAGAUUAUCGACAUGUACUUGGAGCCCCACUACCAAAUGAUCAGUUUGUUUGACCUCUCUGAACGGACAAGCUAUACAGCAUUUGUUGUCUGUGGUGGAUCUUACAGGACUAACGAUGUCACUUUUCAGACGGAGCCCCAGUGUCAUGAUUUCAGCCGUCACAGAAAAAUUCUUCCCAAUGCAACUCAAGAGAAGGAGGAAGUGCCUGUGGUAUCUUCCUAUGAUGCUGAAACUAACUACGAUGCCAUCGAAUGGCCACUGGGCAUUGUGUUUGCUGUCGUUGGUGUCAUCAUCUGUGCUGUGGCUGCCUUCUACAUGUGGAAGAAAUACCAAAGAAGGCAGAGAAUCUUACGGAUAUUCAGACAAGGCCAAAAUGACCCUUUCCAGGCACUCUACAGCCCCACUCAGGAUUCUUACAGUUUCUAGCUAAGAUUUCAUUAGAAAUGAAGGAGUAUCGACAGCUACAACAACAUUCUCAUUCCAUGCUUCAGUAGCUAACUUUGACCUACAAGAUAAGUCGCUGUGACGCUUUGGUAUGCGUGGAGCAGAAUCUACUGGCAGCAGCAGCAGCAGCAGCAACAGCAAUUACACAUAUACGGGUGAUCAUUCAUUAGAAACCAUGUUUAUUCACGACCCAGACCACAUUAGUUGUCACACUUUAGUUCAAUAGGUUUUUAUUAAAACUGGGUCAUCAUAAAGGCUAAGCCAUCAAAAUAUCAUGAAACCUUCAAGUAUUUCCCUUGCAUUUUAGGAUUUAUGAAUUCAUAGUGGUUUUAAGUUGUGAUAUCCUUAGUUUGCUUUCUAAAUUUGUGACAUGGAAGCCAUACAUUUUUGUGUUUUGCUUUGCCCUGUAUGUUUCUGCUAAAUAAUGACUCUUUUGACUGAACCAAAAGCUUCCACAUUAUAUUGAAAAUAGUGCACGUAACAAAAGUGUUAAUUCAACAUGCACAUAAAUGUUCACAUGGACGGUCUCUUCCAUCUGGAAAGACAAUGUCUGAUUUUAAGGGAAUUUUAUUCAACAAAGGGGUAUGAAGUGGGCAGAAGAGAAGGGAAGGUAGGAAAAUGGGCAGGGCUAAAGCAGUCCAGUUAUAAAAAGUGGGGGGGGUCAGUUUUACCACCAGUUAUCGGCAGUUAACAAUGACACACAGCUAUCAAACGACAGGCUAGCACCAGACAAUUUUUUUGUAUCAGUGUUUCAGUUUUAGCCCCUCCCACUUACUGUCUUCCAGAUCAACUGUCUCUCAUUUGCAUCAACCCUGUCAGCCUUCUAAGUAUUUUGACCUUUGCAUCAUUAUAUGAUAUAGUAUAUUAAUAAUGAAUUCACAUGAGGUUUGGGAUAGAUGGAGGGAGGGGAUGAUCAUGGAGAUGUGUAAAACUUUGUGAAAACAACUUUCGCCUCGAUGCGAGCUAAGAGUUCCCCACACUAUAUAAAUUAGCCAUCUUUUGUGACAUGAAUCCAGGCUUCACUCAGGGACAUAGUUGAA